UGGCAGCUGCCAUUGCCGUGCCGCUCCACUCCGCUCACUGACGGUGCUUCUGACACGGCCUUCAUGUCUUGCCGCAGUUUUCGUCCGCAUAGCCUCUGCAGCGGCGAAUGACACUCAUCUCUCACAGCGGCUCCCAGGGGAGAGCGGAUGGCAGCUGCCAUUGCCGUGCCGCUUCACUCCGCUCACUGACGGUGCUUCUGACACGGCCUUCAUGUCUUGCCGCAGUCUCCCCGUGCCGACACCUUAUCCACGGCCCCAAACAACUCUGAGUUCGUUCGGGAUUUCCUCUCUCAUGCGGAGCGGCGUGUCAAAUACCGCGCCUGCACUUCAGUCCGUGCGCAACGGAAACUCUCACGAGCGGGUCUCGAGCGUUGCGCUUGUAUUGUCGACGUCUGGGGCGCCGGGGAUGCGAUCCUUUUCUCGCAUGGAAAGCGGCAACUCGGCGAGUGCCAUGUUUCAGUCUUGCCUUUCUAUGCCGGGCGCCCUCGUCGGCGAGGAUGGGAGCGGCGCACGCGAUGCCACGCCUCCCUUGCCGCCGUCCCCGGGCGAAGUCGCCGUCCAGGAGCCGUCGGACGCCCUGCCUCCGUCGUCCUCGUCGGAUCCGGCAACGGUGCCCGCCGUGGUGCACUCGCCGCAGGCGCAAAAGCUGCUGCGAAGCCCCCCGCGGGUGGAGGUGGCAUCCGCUGCGCCAACCUCCCUAUUUUCUGUGCCGCGUAAGCCUUGGCGAGACACCGCACACACCACCUCCUACGCCUCUUUCCGUUGGAGGAAGAAUCCCGUCACCCAGCAAAGUCCGGGCUCACUCGCAGCCGCGCGAAGCUGCGGUUGCGGGGGGCGUGCGUCAUUUUCCGGGAUUGCUGCGCUACCAACGCGGCAGCGGAGGGAGCGUUUGUAUGCGAGGCAUGUGUCGGAGCCGCCGAGGCGUGCGAGAGGCGUCGCAACGAUCCCCUUUGGCCAACAGUCGUCCUGGCCCAAGAUGAGCGACUUGCACAGCACGUCGCUGACGUUGCAGUUGUCGCCCAAGGCACCGGAGCGAAGCUCCGCCAGCCUGCACCUCGACGGGCCGCAGGGGGGCAGUGUGCAGGGCCAGGAAGGCGAGGGGAAUGAGACGAGGGAGGCGGCGCCGCAAGAUGAGCAAGGGGAACCGCGCAACUUCCCGACGCAGCAGCAUCCGGAGGAGCAGCUCGGUGAAGACGUUGAUCAGGCAACGCGCGGGCGCCGUGAGACGGACGCAGCGUCCUCCCCAUUGAAGGAGGGAACGAUAGAGACUGCAGUGCCGAAGGCGGCGGGGGAGAGCGACGGGGCGUCGCAGACGACGGAGGUGUACGAGGUGCUUCACGCGGAAGAGUUUGCCGCCUCCUCCGUUGCACGCGUGACGGACGGCCCUUCCUCCGUGGGGACGCCUCUGCUGGGGGCCCUGUGA